UUUAAUUAAUGAUUGAAGAAGAAUACAGACCUGAAGAAAAGGCUUCUAUAAAAAAGAAAUACAAAGUGUUUUAAACUUUAGCUUCAAUGAUUCGAUAAAGAGGUUUCAUUGAACCAACAAAGAUUCUUGAUGAAGAUGAGUCCUGGGAAUAAUUUGAAGCCAAAUAUCGAACAGAUGCUUUACCAAAUAGAAUAAUAUGCUUCAAAGUAAAAAUGAAAUUAUCAUAUAUUAGAGAGAAGAUGAAACAGAUAAAUUGCUUAUAAUAUUUUACACUAAAUAAGCAGCUCUAACUUUGGAUGAUGCAAAAAAAAUUAUAGUUGAUUUUACAAAUCAUUAAAUUAAGAGACUUAUAAUGGUUUUCCCUACUGAUCCAUUUGCUACAAAACCAUAAAUUGUAGAUAAAAAAGCAAGAUUAUUUAUCGAUUAAGUUAAUUCCAUUCAAACUUAUUCAUUUGAAUUAUUUGGAGAAGAUGAUUUAGUUUAUGAUGUAACAAAACAUGAACUAGUACCUUAACAUAUAAUAUUAAAUGAAAAAGAAAAAGAAGUAAUACAAUUAUUUAAUUUUUAGUUAUUAUAAAGAAAAUAUGGUUUAGUAGAUAAUUAAUUACCAAGAAUUUUAUAAAGUGAUCCAAUUGCAAAGUUUUUAGGUCUUCAUCAUGGAGAUGUUGUCAAAAUUAUAAGAAAAAGUGAAACAGCUGGGUUAUAUGUCACCUAUAGAAUAGCCAUAUGAUUUAAAAUAUAUAGC